GUCCGAAUCCGCCCUGAUGUCACAGUGACAACACUGACAAGAUGGCGGAGGGCACUCGAGCAAAGUGAGGAGGACAACACAAUAUAAAUUAUACAGCCUAAAAAAACCAUUUAUAUCAUUUUCCACCCACUGCGGCUGGUGGGUGAGAGCACGGAUGGUGCGUUGGACGGGCGUGAGGCGACUGUAGAACCAAUGCACCCCCGCUUGUUUGCGCUUGGGGAGAUUUAUCGGCGGAAGACGGACAUUGUCAACUCAAGUCAAGCAAAAGCUUGCGUGCAGUUUGGAAAAAGAUUUGAAAUGCCGAAGAACGGCGCGUCUCCGUCGUAUAGGUUCAACAGUAAUCUUUAGGUGUUUAAGAUUAUGUGCGUUUCUUUUCUGUAAUUGAGUUUUUUCUUUGCACUGUGGGAAAGCUAGGUAACUAGCCGAACCAUUUGGUCUCGAUCCAAAAGGUAAAGACCCUCAGAACACGGUGUUCUAACGAAACGUUUUUGCCCGAGGUGCUCAAGUCUGAAAGCUGACCGUGAUUUAUAAGUCACCGUCUUUGCUGGUUUACUGGAGACACUGUUCUCUCGCCGAAUUCAAGAAGUCUUUUUAGUAUCAUUACAGUUUUAAGGACCCAUCUUUUGAAAGUCGAAUCCGCUAUUUGUGAUAUUUCUGGUUUAGCCAACUUGCUUGACGCCAUGGCUCACUCCCCUGUCCAGAGUGGCCUUCCAGGGAUGCAGAAUUUGAAGGCCGACCCUGAGGAGCUGUUUACCAAGCUGCAGAAGAUCGGGAAGGGCUCCUUCGGGGAGGUUUUUAAAGGCAUUGACAAUCGGACUCAGAAAGUCGUGGCCAUUAAAAUAAUCGACCUGGAGGAGGCGGAGGACGAGAUCGAGGACAUCCAGCAGGAGAUCACCGUGCUCAGCCAGUGCGACAGCCCCUUCGUCACCAAGUACUACGGAUCCUACCUGAAGGGCACAAAGCUGUGGAUUAUUAUGGAAUAUUUAGGGGGCGGUUCGGCGCUGGAUUUGCUGGAGCCGGGGGCGCUGGACGAAGUGCAGAUCGCCACCAUCCUGAGGGAGAUCCUGAAGGGGCUGGACUACCUGCACUCGGAGAAGAAGAUCCACAGGGACAUCAAAGCCGCCAACGUGCUGCUGUCGGAGCAGGGCGACGUGAAGCUGGCGGACUUCGGCGUGGCGGGCCAGCUGACGGACACGCAGAUCAAGAGGAACACCUUCGUGGGCACGCCCUUCUGGAUGGCCCCGGAGGUGAUAAAGCAGUCGGCGUACGACUCGAAGGCAGACAUUUGGUCCUUAGGGAUCACCGCCAUCGAGCUGGCCAAAGGGGAACCCCCGCACUCGGACCUGCACCCCAUGAAGGUCCUGUUCCUCAUCCCCAAAAACACGCCCCCAACGCUGGAGGGCAACUACUGCAAACCCCUGAAGGAGUUUGUGGAGGCCUGCUUGAACAAAGAGCCCAGCUUCAGGCCGACCGCCAAAGAGCUGCUGAAGCACAAGCUCAUCAUCCGCCACGCCAAGAAGACGUCGUACCUGAGCGAGCUCGUCGACAAGUACAAGCGGUGGAAGGCCGAGCGGUCUCGGGACGAGUCCAGUUCGGACGAGUCCGAUUCGGAGCCGGACGGGCAGGCGGCGGGCGGCGGCAACUCGGGGAACGACGACUGGAUCUUCAACACAAUCAGGGAGAAGGACCCCAGAAAGCUGCCCAACGGGACCGCCCAAACUGACGAGGUGCAAAGUAACAGGGUACAAGACAUUCCAAAGAGGCCUAUGUCACAGAGCUGGUCCACAAUUAUUUCUCCGUUGUUUGCUGAGCUGAAGGAGAAGACGGCGGCAGAUAGCGGUAAACCUGUGGCGCUGGAGGAGCUGAGGAACGCCAUUUUCCUGGCGGAGGAGGCGUGUCCUGGGAUCUCAGAUUCCAUGGUGUCUCAGCUGGUGCAGAGACUGCAGAGGUUCUCUCUGGCUGGGGCAUCUUCCUCCCCACAGUGAGAGCUGCUGCCCCCCUCCCCCCAGGAGGGCACUCAUCCGGCAGCCUCCAGCCGCGUAAAGCAGACUCCUCCACCCUCUCUCUUCUUCUUUUCAGUUCAUUUGUCAUAGUGCACAUACUCAAAUGGGGCAGCCGGGUGCCCAGGGGGAGGGGGGUGGGGUCAGGUUCAGAGUGCUGUGGGGGCGGGGCCAAGGCCCGGUACCUCUCAGUCAACUCAACCGCACUUGUGUCAAGUGUACAAAAUCUGAUCUGGUCUAUUUUUCCUGCGGGGGGGGGGGGGGUAGUCUGUAGAAGCAUCUGCAAUAUCCAGAAAACGUGCAUGUGUGCGCAGAGGUGCGUCCGUGUGUGUGCGCGCGUGUGUACGUGUGGGUGUUUGCGUGCGUGCGAGUGUGUGUGCUCUUACAAGUGCAUUUCCCACAGAUUGCGGAAAGGUGUGUUUGAGAUUCGAGCGCGGUGCUGAGGGGAUUGCAGACUCUUUCGAAACCUCAGGUGUCCUGCUGUAAGGGGUGUGAGUUCUGUGCUAAUGAAGAACGGUGCGCGGGGCGGCUGUACAUUUGUAUAUAAGGUCAUUUUUUUACACACAUUGAGAAAUAAAACAGUUUGCAUUAAAGGAAUCACUGUGUACAAACGGCCAAGUGCUUCUGUAGAUAUCGUUAGUUAAGAGUCUUACAAAUGGCCAUAACUGAGAAUUGCCUUGCCUUGGAAACAUGUACCUUUUUAUCUUCUUUUUAUUUUUUGCUGAUUUGGGGAAAAAAAAAAAAAACCAUUUCAAGGUUUACCAUUCAAGGAAUACUGAUACCUUAUUUCCAAAUGUUUGUUUGUCCAAUGGGUACCUCAGGUCUGUGCCACUAAAACAGACCUUGUUCCUUCACAAUCAAUGUUGCCAGAUAAAAUACUUGCUGCUCUAAGACUUCCAGCCAUCUGUAAUCAUUCAGUAGGAAUCGUACUUGACCGUUCAGAGCUAAUGGGAAAGGAGAUGUAUAUUUCCUUGUCUUUUAAUACUCCUAAAAGAAUACACUGUACCCCCCUCCCCUGCACCUUAAAAAAUAAAAAUAAAAAGGAAGUAAUAUAUUUAUAUUUUA